ACACAAACAAAAAACAACCAACUUCGAUCAAAGAACAAGCGCAAGAUGGCCAUCAAACGAUUCACACACGAGAUCUCGAAGGCGCAAAUCAUAAAACGGAUCGAAUCGUUUGGAUACAAGCUCCAAAACAGACAGAUCGUGGGCUCACAUGCGACCGGCUCGGAGACAAUCAAGCUCUUGCGAGAAGUCAUCGCCAGUGCCAAGUUCUCUUCGUUCGACCAACUGUGCGGCCAUUUGGUCGAGGUGGGCGAUUUCUUAUCCGAAAUCGCUCCCAGAGAAUUCGUGAUCGGAAAUAUGGUGAAACGGGUGAUCAUUCUCUUGAAAGAAGAAUAUGCGAGUGCAUUAGCAAGCCACAUCGAAGGGAAUUCGGAGCGACUGAAGACGAGCAAGGUGGGCAGCGACACGCAUCACCGAACCACGACCUCGUCCUCGCAUUGCAGCACCUCCCGGAGCCCGGGGAUAGUCGAAGAGAGCGUCUCGCGACUGCUGGGACAGAAGCCGAUGACCAACGAGCUGUUGGAGGAAGACGAGAAGAUCCCGGCCGACCUGAUCAACGAGGAACGCGCCUUCAACGCUAACUCGUUGAGCUUGAAACCGAUCUUCAUCGAGGCCGUUCAGGAACUCUAUGAUGAGUUGGAUCUCGUCUUGGAGGCCGUCGCCGCUCAGGCUUCUGAACAUAUUCAUUCUGGAGAAGUGAUUAUGACUUUAGAUAAUUCAAGAACAGUGACGAGUUUCCUACAAGCGGCAGCAAAGAACAAGCGAAAGUUCACGGUGAUAAUCUCGGAGACGGGGCCGGAGUUUCGAGGGCGAGAGUUAUCGGGGAAGCUGACGAGUUCGAGUCCGAAGAUCCCGAACAUAGUGACGAGUGAUGGGUCGACGUUUGGGCUGAUCUCGCGCUGUACGAAGCUGAUUAUCGGCUGUCACAUCGUCUUUGCCGACGGCUCGAUCCUGGCCAAGUCGGGUUCCUUGGGCCUCGCCCUGGCCGCUAAGGUCCAUAACGUCCCCGUCGUCGUCAUCUCUGGGAUCUUCAAAUUCGCCCCCGUCUAUCUCAGCGCCGGCGAUCAAUGGACUACCCUCGAUAUCAAGACCCCCGACCAAGUCUUGGCUAUCGAUCAGAUCCUCCCCGACCCCCCUCCAGCUGCCUCGAAAUCCAACCGAGCUUCUAUCCAUCCGCCUCCUACUCCCGGUCAGAUCGAAGUCAUCAAUCCUUAUUACGAUCAUGUUCCUGCUCAUCUGAUCAGUCUGUUUAUCACCAACUUAGGCGGUCAUCCUUCUUCAUUGGUUUAUCGUCUAUUGAAAGACUUGUAUGGGGCAUAACUCGCUCAUCUCUCUCUUUCUCUGUAAUAUUGACUUGGUUUUCAACAAAAAAAGAUACAUAUAGAAUAAGAUCUUCUCAAUAAUAAAACCCGUUUUAUUGAAUCCUUAACAAAGGAACUCUUCUUUUGUGUCGACAA